AUGUCACUAAGUCAGUCAUCAGACAAUGAAGAAAGUGGGAAUGCAAGUUUUGUAGAAGAUGUCAGACCUAUAAAUAACAAUAAUACACUGGAUUUAGAACAGAUGUCGCUCGAACAGUUGAACCAGUAUCAGGAGGAGAUUACCAAUGAGUUUAAAACUUUAUCCAAAGACUACCUCAACAAACGUCUUUGUCGAAUAAAUGUCAUGUUGGAGAAACUAAAUAGUCUGAUUAAAUUAGCCAACGCUAAUGACAAGAGCUGGCUAAAGAUUUACAAUUUUGAAAUUGAAACCAUCAAUAAUAUAAUGACCAACACUGAAGAUCUAAUCAUGGUGAACAAUGGAACUAUUCCUAAUAAACCAGAUUUACUUAAGUCAAUCGAUGAAUAUGAAGAAGAAUUGCGAGAGAUUUUUUCCAAUUUGCAAAGUCCAUUUGAUUUUGAUGAUACGUUUAAAUAUGAUAAUCGAGAAAUAUCAAAGAAAUUGGACAAUGCCCAUCACCAUUUAAGUAAAUUACCAUUCCCAUUUUUGUUUAACCAAAGUUUCAAACCACAUAGAGAUGAGCUAAAGAGUAUAAGUCUGGAAAAGGACUACCAACUGAAGUUGAUACGAAAUAAUUGCCAGAAUAAUUCGACAAUUGUAUGGAAACAGUAUUAUUCGAAAUUGGCCCAAUGGAAAAACAAGUUGCUUAACGACACACAAGCGCAAUUAAACCAGCUCUACAAAGACUAUCAUCAUUUAAAUGAAUCAAGAAAUGAAGAUUUGUUGGACCGAUAUUAUUAUCGAUCGCUUAUAUCUCCACAAUAUCUAAUGGAAACGAUAAAUGACAAAAUCAACAUAACCAAUACUGAUGACUUGGAUGCAGUGAUAAAGACUAAUCAUGAUUCAAAUUAUGUUGAGUUGGAUACGCGAUUAAAACCGAAAAACAAGAUUGAAUUAUCAAUGAUACGACUAGAAGAUCAACGUAAUGGUCGAUUAGUUGAAAAUACUCAUGCUGCUAUCAAGCGAAGAUAUUCACAAGCGUUUAAAUAUGAUGCAAUUGCUAUUGACCAAUCAAAGAUUGACGAUGAUUUGCGGCUAAUAAAACGCAAGAUACGCCACCAAAAUGAAAAAAGACGGCAAGGAUCGACAGCCGAUGAAAAUGACAAUGUGUAUCAACGCUCGCUACACGACUAUUCCGAAGAGGAUAACGAUGAUUAUGAUGAAGACGAAGACGAGUAUGAAGUAAUUUUAGAGGAAUAUGAUGUUGAAGAAGAUAUGUCACCAGCAGAAUUAGAAGAACGAAAAGUUUACAAAAAUGUAUUGGGCAGUCAUGACCCUAAUGCAUCCAAAUUUAGAAUGUUGGAGUUACCUCCAUUGGAAAAUUUCCCCAAACUAUAA